AUGUUUAAGAUACGUAAAGCUAAGGAUGAGGAGCCAACUGCUCCAGGGCAGGUGAAAAUUAGAAAGAAGUCAAAGGUGCCUGGAGUUAUGAUCACCCAGUAUGUGGAAGAACUACCUGAAGGCAUGACCACCCCAGAUUUCACUAGGAAACCUAUUGCUUUGACUAUUCAAGAAGGAAAACAUGGAGUUUUCAGAGCAAUAAUAACUGGCAAACCAACACCAACUGUAAGCUGGGCCAGAAAUGAUGGAGAAAUUACUGAAGAAAGGUACCAAGUUAUCCAUGAUCAAACCAGCGGUGAAUACCAGCUACAGAUACCAGAUGUAUCGGUGGAACAAGCAGACACCUACAAGUGUUAUGCCAAAAAUGAAUAUGGAAAAGCUGUUGUAACAGCUGUCUUAAAUGUUAUUGAAGUUGGCUAUAAAAAGAGCAGAGCCAUGCAAGAAUCAAGAACAGAAACACCUGAGGACUUCAAAAAGGCCUUAAAAACCAUGGUUGACAUGGAUUCUAAAGAAGAAACAAAACCAGAAAUUGAUGACAAGUUUUGGGACCUGUUGAUGAGUGCUGACAAAAAAGAUUACGAGAGCAUCUGUGCCCAGUAUGGCGUCACUGAUUUUCGCGGGAUGCUAAAGAAACUAAAUGAAAAAAAGAUAGAAAGGGAGCAAGAGCAAGAAAAGGUUGUUGAGAGACUAUGCAACCUAAAGCCCAUCGAAAUGAAAGAAGACGGUGCUGCAGAGUUUGAAAUUGAAAUGUCACUCAAAGACCCUACCAGCAAAAUUUUCCUAUACAAGGAUGGAGUUAUGGUUCCAUUUGACAUCGACACAGAGGUAAAACACGGAUUAAAACGAGUGGGGAAGAGGUUUGUGUUCAGCAUCAAUGGUGUUGAUCCAGAGGAUGCAGGAUUAUACCAAGUGGAAGUUGAUGGAAUUAAGAUCUUCUCAACAGACUUAAAACUUCCACCUGUAGAGUUCUUGGUCAAGAUUCAAGAUGUGAAACCAGAGGAAAGAGAAGACGCUGUGUUUGAGUGUGUCGUAUCACAGCCCUUGAACAAGAUUAAGUGGAUGGGAAGGAAUACAGUACUGGAGCAAGGGGAAAAAUAUGACAUUGUUGUGUCAGAGGACAAGCUGAUUCACACAUUGGUGGUGAAGGACUGUAUGCCAUUGGACAAAGGAAUUUAUGCAGCUGUGGCUGGACAAUCAUCCUGCAAUGCCUGGCUUCUAGUGGAAGACCCAGGAGUGUACUUCACCAGUGGGCUGUCCGAUGUAACUGCUAUCAUCGGUACUGAUGCUGAACUGGUCUGCAAACUGAGCAGUGAGGACUGCGAAGGAGUCUGGUACAAAGAUGGGCAGGAGAUAACAGCUACAGAUGAUAUCUGUAUUGUUAAAGAUGGGACUUAUCGCAAACUAAUUGUCAAAAACUGCACAGAAGAUGAUUCAGCAAAGUACCGAUAUGAAGCUGAUGGGCGUAAAACAGAAGCUAUACUGAAGGUUGAAGAUCCUCCAAGAAUCAACCCAGAUGACCUCGCUGAGUUCAUAAAACCUAUUAUUAUCAAAAGUGGGAAAGAUGCAGCCUUCAAGAUGCCUUUUGUUGGACGGGAACCCAUGAAGAUACAGUGGUUCCAUGAUGGCGAAGAGUUGUUAGAAGACAGCCACACCAGGAUCGAGAAGUCUUCCUCACAUAGCCGCCUGCUGCUAAUAAAGUGCCCGCGCAAAAUCACAGGAGAAUUAAAGAUUAAGAUUAAAAAUGAAUGUGGAACAAUUGAGGCCAUCUCCCAGCUCAUUGUAUUAGCAUACCCUGGAGCUCCUACUGCACUAAAAAUUGUUAGUGCUUUCAAGGACUGUAUCAAUCUUGCUUGGUUUGCACCUUCUAAUACUGGGGGAACCAACAUUUUGGGAUACAAUGUGGAGAAACGCAAGAACGGCAGUAAUCUGUGGGGCCAGGUCAACCCCCCAGAUGAGCCCAUUAAAGAGAAAAAGUAUGCAGUCAAGGAUGUUGUUGAAGGCAUCGAGUAUGAGUUCCGUGUAUCGGCUAUCAACAUUUCUGGUGCGGGAGAGCCAAGUACACCAUCUGAAUUUGUGUUUGCAAGAGAUCCAAAGAAGCCCCCUGGAAAAGUUAUCGACUUGAAGGUGACUGACUCAACAUACACCACCUUGUCACUGGGGUGGACCAAACCCACGGAGGAGGAAGGGGUCCAAGAUGAGGCCAAAGGAUAUUUUGUGGAGCUCAGACCAGCAGAAAAUCCAGAGUGGAGUCGUUGUAACACCAAUGCUAUCAUUAUGUCCUCCUAUACUAUUAUGGGUCUGAAGUCUAUGGCCAUGUACUGGGUAAGAGUCAUAGCCACUAAUGAGGGUGGAGACGGUGAGCCUCAAGAGUUGGACAACUACAUCAUUGCAAUGCCUCCACCAGUGAGACCUCAUUUCACUGACAGAAAAAUAAAGAACUUCAUAGUAAUGAGAGCUGGAAACUCUGCGCGGGUCAACUUCAACUUUCAGGCCUCUCCAAUACCACUUAUUACAUGGCUCAAGGAUGGCGUGCCUGUACCCAAACAUGUGACAGUGAGCAAUUCAGACACAUCAUCGCAGUUAAUGAUCCCUGCAUCAGAGCGUCAGGACACUGGGAUCUACACAAUCAUUGUGAAGAAUCUUGUUGGUCAGGAGACCUCCAGUGUUGAGAUACGAGUCACAGAUGACCCCAAGCCUCCAGGCCCUGUGGAGCUAGACGAGAAUGUGUCAGGAACAGUGACGGUCUCUUGGGAACCAUCACCAGAUGAGAAGAAAGACGACAGACUUCACUACACGAUCACUAAGCGCGACUCGGUUAAGCGCACUUGGCAAACUGUGGCUGACCAUCUCUUCAAUAACAAGUUCACUGCCAUCAAUAUCAUGCCAGGAAGGCAGUAUAAGUUCCGGGUCUAUGCCAAGAAUGACAUGGGGCUUUCCAUACCCUCUGAGUCACCAACCUGGGAAGUGAAGAGGAUGAAAGAAACAUUUUCUUUGAGUCUUCCAGCCACGAAGGACUGCAGUUUCGAGGCACUUCCAUCUUUCUCUGUUCCGCUAAAAAUGCACAACAGUCCAGAAAGCUAUGAGUGCUACAUGAGUUGUGCUGUGAAAGGAAACCCCAAACCCCAUGUUACAUGGUACAAAGAUAACAUCAGCCUUAACACCAACACUAACUACUACAUCACUAACACAUGUGGGGUCUGCUCCAUGGUGAUACUCAAAGUUGGGCCGAAGGACAGUGGAGAUUACACAGUCAUUGCAGAAAACUCUCUGGGCAGAGUAGAGUGUUCAACUAAACUUGUUGUCAAAGAUUAGGAUAAUGCAGUGGUCCUGAACUUCUGAAGACACCCGUUCCAUUUAUUGAAUGACAUAUAAAUGGCUUAUCAAUCUGAACAGUGGUGUCAUUUUUUAAAUGAAUUAUUGUAGUCAUAUAUUAGAAUAAACUGGAAAGAAAAAAAAAUAAGGCAGAUGGAAAGAAAAAAUAGACAGAAAAUAUAAAAUUGUUAUAAAGCACUAAUUACAAAUGUGAAACAGAUUUGGUUGUAUUUGAGUGAAAAUUAUCACAGUUUAACUAUUGGGUGCUGAUUAGGGACAUUGAGAUACAACAUUAUUGAUAUGCAGAGGCUUGCAUCCGCACCUGCUCAUUUUUUACCUUUAUUUAUCUUAGCUGUGAUUAUAGUUCAUUUCCUCUGCUGUUUUCUGAAUAAGACAUACAAUUUGCUGGCUUCUCUAGUAAUACCUUAUUGAAAAUUGAUGAUAAUAUGGCUAUAAUUGAGUAUGUUUCAGUGUGUGUUUGAUAAAUCAUUAUGCCAAAAUGUAAAUAAAUCCUAUCUGUUCAACA